ACGCUUUGGCUUCGCUGCGUGCGGUCGUUUGCGUUUUUGUCGUGCGACAAGAAAAUUAGAAAAAAAAAAUAAAAAUAUAGAAAAUAUAUAGAAAAAAAACCACAAGUGCUCGCGCUGAAUAACAAAAAUAACGUCAAAAACAAUCCAAAAAAUCAAAUUAUUGAAAUGGCCGCGAAUCCAAACGAAGCCCUUUUCAAUCGCCCCGGCCCCAAUCGUCUGAGGGAAUCGGAAGUCUAUCGCACCACCAAUCCCGAGGAGGCCGUCAAGAUACGCAUGCAUAAGGAGGGCCUCGGUGCCGAGGAGCCCCUCUCCAUACCCGGCCUGCUCAAGCGCACCGUCAACAAUUAUCCCGACUAUCCGGCGCUGCGUACCAAGAACGGCAAAACUGGCUACACAACAGUCACCUACAAGCAAUACGAGCAGAAGGUGCACCAGACGGCGAAGGCAUUCAUCAAACUGGGCCUGCAGGAGCAUUGCUCGGUGGGCGUGCUGGCCUUCAACUGUGCCGAAUGGUUCUAUUCGGCAAUGGGCGCCAUUCAUGCGCGUGGUAUCAUCGCUGGCAUCUAUACGACCAACUCAGCGGAAGCUGUCUUCCAUGUCCUGGAAGAUUCGCGGUCACAGAUUGUCAUCGUGGAUGAUGCAAAGCAAAUGGAGAAGAUACAGUCCAUUCGCGACAGGCUGCCCAAUCUGAAGGCGGCCGUACAAAUCCAGGAGCCCUAUGCACCCAAUCUCAAAAAGGAGGAUGGUUACUAUAGGUGGUCCGAGAUCGAGUCGAUGAAUGUGAGCGAUGUGGAGGAUGAGUACAAGCGUCGCCUCGAACGCAUUGCCAUCAAUGAGUGCUGCUGUUUGGUGUACACCUCCGGAACGGUGGGCAUGCCCAAGGGCGUAAUGCUUUCCCACGAUAACAUUACGUUCGAUUUACGCGGCAUUACCAAGACGCUGGAUAAGGUUGUGAUGGGAUCGGAGAAUAUGGUCUCCUAUCUGCCGUUGUCCCAUGUGGCCGCACAGAUUGUGGACAUUUAUACGGUCAGCUCGAUGGCUGGUUGCAUUUGGUUUGCCGAUAAGGAUGCGCUCAAGGGCACACUUGUGAGGACGCUGCAGGAUGCGCAGCCAACACGUUUCAUGGGCGUGCCGCGAGUGUAUGAGAAAUUCCAGGAGCGCAUGGUCGCCGUCGCCAACUCCAGUGGCAGCUUUAAGAAAAUGCUAGCCGGCUGGGCCAAGGGCAUCACACUCAAGCAUUACAUGGAGAGUGAAGGCAAGAGCAGCGGCGGUUUUCGCUACAAGAUUGCCAAAUCGCUCAUUCUGUCCAAGGUGAAGGCAGCCCUCGGCUUCGAUCGUGUGGUCAGUUUGGUGAGCGCCGCUGCGCCCAUGUCGCCGGAGACGAAGAAGUACUUCCUCAGCUUGGAUCUGAAGAUAUUGGAUGGCUUUGGCAUGUCGGAGACAGCCGGCUGUCACACACUUUGCCAGCCGGACUCGACCCUAUUGAAUUCGAUUGGCAAAUCGAUGCCGGGCUGCGAAUCGAAGAUUAUCAAUCAGGAUGAGAAUGGUCAUGGUGAGCUGUGCAUACGCGGUCGUCACGUAUUCAUGGGAUACAUUAACAAUAAGGAGAAGACCGAGGAAUCGCUGGACGAUGAUUGUUGGCUGCACUCCGGCGAUUUGGGCUUCAUUGAUGACAAGGGCUACGUUUGCCUGACGGGCCGCUCCAAGGAGCUCAUCAUCACCGCUGGCGGCGAGAACAUUCCGCCCGUUCACAUUGAGAAUACGAUUAAAAAGGAACUUGAUGGCAUUUCCAAUGCUUUCCUUGUCGGUGAACAGCGCAAAUAUCUAACGGUCCUCAUUUCCAUUAAGACCGAAAUGGACAGAGAUACCGGCGCACCAUUGGAUGAGCUCACACACGAGUCGGCUGCCUGGAUGAAGUCUCUGGGUGUAGAGCACAAAACUCUGUCGGAUAUACUGAAUGCCGGUCCCUGUCCGAAGGUGUGGAAGGCCAUCGAGGAUGCCAUUAAGCGGGCCAACAAACAGUCCAUCUCAAAUGCACAAAAGGUGCAGAAAUUUGCAAUUUUGCCGCAUGACUUCUCCAUUGUCACCGGCGAGCUGGGACCCACCCUGAAGGUCAAGCGCCCUAUCGUUAACAAGAUGUAUGCGGACAUGAUCGAGACCCUAUAUGCCUAGAUAUCAACUUGCCACAUUUGGCUGUGAAACCAAAAAUUUAACAGAGCUAUGGAACUUGAGCUUUAAUAUGAAAUGAAUUUAACGGACUUACAAGCCAUUGAGUGCCAGCUUAAUACCAAUUAUAAAACUACUUAUACUAUAUAUAGCGAAAUUAUUGUUAUCACUUUUCUUCCGACACUCAAUUAAUAUGAGUGCGAUGAUGAUGAUGUUGAUGUUACUGAUGCUGAUGAUGAUGAUGAAGUAGACGACUAUAUUUAGGGCAAUGUGCAGCCCUUAAACCCCAUUGAACUAUAGAUCUAGUAGCGCUUAAGUUUUUAAUUGUAUGUUAAUUUGUUUUAUUUACUGAAUCGCUAAGGAAAUCAUUUUAUCCUAUUGUUUGAAUUACCACAAUAAAUUUGCAUAUAGAUAUUAAAA